AUGACAGAAGGACUCAAAUAUGUUAAAUGUGCUCUUUUGCAACAAGAGAAUGAUCCACUCGAAUACUGCGUUUGUACUCUUCCCAUCCCAUCAAAUAUUGGCAUUCCUCUCUUUCCUUGUGAACUUCCCAAUAAUUUCAAGCUCUUUCAAUCAAAUGAGGCAUUUUCAUAAUUGGGAAUGAAAAUCAUGGAUAUCGAAGAAGAAGAAAACCACAAAUUGAUGAGAACAAUCUGUUGCCCCAGUUUGAGACCCUUAACCAUUACAUCCAGGGACUUUUACAACAAUAUUCCAAUUCAAGCAGAAAGAAAAUUUGCCAUUCCUUUUAUUCAAAAAAAUGAAAUGAAGGUUAAAUAUGAUGGCGAGUAUGCAGGUAAAAUUGUAUAAGAAUAAUGCUGCACUUUCAUGAAGGGCAUGUUUCAUUAAUUAUUCAUUUAUGAUAGCAAUGAAUACCUUAUUUAUGAGAUAACUGCAAAUUUGAAAUAAAAGGGAUUGCUAUGCUUUUUGCCCUUCCAAUCUUGCAAUUCCAUAAAAUACUCCAUCAUUGAUAAGAGACCUGCCGAAGAAUAAUUAAUUAGCGAAAACUACACUAAUGGUCAAAUCGAGCAUCUAUUCUACGGAUGGUCAAAUGAACUUUGCUCCAAGGCUGAUUAAUAUGGUAUCAAAUUUCCAGAUAGUGCUAGUGAAAAAGACAAAGCAUUGCUCAUUAUGUGUUGCAUAUUUAUUGAUUAUUUGUGGUUUGAAAAUUUUUGA